AUGGAUGACCAGCAAGAACUGAGAACAGCCCCAACCUACCCAGUCCCAUCCCGCCUCCUCGUCAGUGUCGAGCACCCUGCUGUGGUCCGCAAUGUCGACAAGGCGAUAGAGACUCUACAGGGCGACACGGGGAUAAAAACCUUCCUGAACCCAGCCAAGCCAGACAUACAGGCAAAUCUGGUGCUUCGGCCGGAUGAUGCCAUGGCCCGGCCUUUGCAGUCGACCAGCAGUGCAUCAAACAAUGUCCUGGUCAAGGUGACUGUUCCAAAGCGGACGGGACGGAAGCGCAAGAAGGGCUCGGAUGAGCCUUUUAUGGACGCACCAGAGUCUGAAGAUACGGAGCCGCGGCCACGACGGUCAGCUAAGGAUCUGAUGCGCAGCUUGAGUGAUAACCAGUCUGCGUAUCAUGUCGAGCCAGUUGGGAAGAUACAACGCACUCACGUUUUCCGAGGAAUGCCGGAUUUCGUUUACUCGACUACAGCGAGCUCCUUUACGAACCGAUUCCGGGAUCAAAUUCUUCCAUUUGACUUCGAGAAAAUGAAACAGUUCGAGCUGGACAUGAGCAAAGGCGCCACUCUCAACGCAGACAUCAUCCCACCCCCAUCCUUCAGCCACGGCGACGUCCCUUUCCACUACAUCUACCGCCAAAACCCAACAGUCAAACAAUCAAUCGGCCAAUCGGGCGAAAUAACAACAGUGAACACGCAACAAGUCCACAAAGUCCUAACCUACCUAGUCCCCUACGACAUCGAAAAAGUCCCAACAGAACCACGGCCAGACCUCCCCCCAAUCUCAACCCUAGACUCCAGCAUGCGUGAAACAAUCAACAAACUGCGAGCCCUCUACGAAACCCAACCAGCAUGGACACGCCGCGGCCUCCGCAACAACUUAACAACAGACGAGGAUCGCACAAACCUACGCCAUGCCGUCCCCUACGUAGGCUACAUCUUUCGCUCAGGACCAUGGCGCGACGCAAUCAUCAAACUAGGCAUCGAUCCACGCACCUCACCGGACUACCGACACUACCAAACAUUCAUGUUCCGCCUCCUCGCGCGCGAAGCAGAACUAGCCCGCGACGGCGCAAGUGGUCGGCGCCAUAAUCUGCCCCGGCCAUUCGAUCUCUAUAAUGCCCAACUUUCUGCAAAUGCGCAGAAUUCAAACCAGAACCCGGAAGACGGGACGUCAAAUACACACAUCUUCACUGGGAAAUUACCGUUCUCGGCAGAUGGUAAAAUCUGGAUGAUAUCCGAGAUCCAGGAUCCGCAAUUGAAACAAGCAUUGUAUCCACCGCCUGAAAAAUCGGUCGGAUUUCUACGGGAGGAGUGUGAGAUAGUUGCAGAUGGGUGGUAUGGGAACGGGACGUUGGGGAAGGCGAAGACUGUGAUGAGGCACAAGAUCCAGGCGUUGAUGGAGGGUCGGGAGGCUGACGAUAGCGAGUUUUGGAAGGUUAUGGAGUUGCCGGAUCAUGCGCGGUCUGAGGCUGAUUUUGAGAAGUUUACGUUUGAUGGGGAUGUUAGUAGUCGGGAGAUGCAGCUUGCUACUGAGGUUCGGUCUGCGAUUCGAGGUUCGCCUAUUUGGAAUCGGUUGGAGGGGAGUGGAAAUGGAGGCAGGGGGAAGGGCAAGGGGAAAGGGAAAGAAAGAAAGAAGGGGAAGGAUUUGGAUGAGGGACCCGAGAAGGGGAAGGGGAAAGGGAAGCCCGGGAAGGCUGGGAAAGGGAAGAAGGGCAAGGAGGUUGCGUUUGAGGAGCCUGAUGCUGAAGAGCAGAUUGAUGAGCCUAGUGAAGGUGAGGAGGAAGAGAUUCAGCGGCGAGAGAUGCUGGCUGAGCAGGUUGCUGCUGCUGCCGAGGCGAGGGAUGCAGAUCAAGAUGACGAUGAGAGUGAUAACUCAGAUGAAGAGGGGAGUGAUUGA